AUGCCUUCUAGAACAACUGACACGCCAAAUGAGUGGUCCGACUCGGCGGAUAUCAUCUCACGAUUCCUAGCCUUACAGCAGAUUUACAGCGCCAAGGAACUCGACUCAUAUCUCCAGUCGCUGCGACAUAUCGGAGAGGGCAAAUCAGAUUCUGAAGAUCAAUCAACUGAUGUCAUCGUUCUUUGCGCAUCAGCGAUCCUAGCUAUUCCCGAAGCCGUCUUUGAGUGGGCGGUGCAACGGCAGAGGGAAUACGGGGAAAGACAAAACACAGUACUGGUGUUAUGCGGAGGCAUUGGACCUUGUACACCAUUUGUUUACGACGCUUGCAGAGCGAGCAAGAAAUAUUGCACGAUAUUUGACACGAUAAACGGCAAGCCUGAAGGCGAGCUGUUGAGGGUCAUGGCAGAGCGAUUCUACAAGCUCAAGAUCAACGAAACUGGAAGCCAAAAUCAUGGCUUUCGGAUCAUCGUCUCCGAUCGUUCAAACAACUGCGGAGCAGAUGCAUCAGAGGCAAAAGUGGUUCUGGAAGAGAACGGCAUUCACACCCCAAGAUCUAUGGUUGUUGUACAGGACCCAGCCAUGAGUAGCCGGACAAUGUCUUCAUUUGAAAAAGUCUACGAGAACGUUUCUGUCCAGAUUUCUUGCUGGCCACGGCUAAAGCAAACAAGAGAGAUCCAACAAGAAAAGGCGCAACCCGAGAAAGAUGGCCGAAGGGAACUUUGGUCUAUGGAUCGUUUUCUAGACCGGAUCAUCGGCGAGCAAGGUGGAGUUAUCAAGGCCAAGUCACCUAUUGGCAUUCCAAACGAGGUGGAAAUUGCGUGGUCUGCUCUAAUGGACGAAAGCAGCUCAAAAGUCCUUUCAUAG